UAGCAACUACACACACCGCGUAGAGGAAAAGCUUCAAAAGCCUUGGAACUCAGGCAGAGACGAGACGAUCCGAUCCGAUCCGAUCCGAAUCAGAGAAGCUCCGGUUGUUUGCUUACCGUUUGAUUGAGCGCCAUGAGUUUCCUAUUUGGCAAGCGGAAGACGCCCGCAGAGCUUCUGCGGGAAAACAAGAGGAUGUUGGACAAAUCUAUUAGGGAAAUAGAGAGGGAGAGGCAAGCCCUCCAAGGCCAAGAGAAGAAACUAAUAAUGGAGAUUAAGAAAAGUGCCAAGCAAGGCCAGAUGGGGGCUGUAAAAGUUAUGGCAAAAGACCUUGUUCGAACACGACAUCAGAUUGAAAAGUUUUACAAGCUCAAAUCCCAACUCCAGGGUGUAUCUCUUAGAAUCCAGACAUUGAAAUCGACACAAGCUAUGGGAGAGGCAAUGAAAGGAGUGACAAAGGCAAUGGGACAGAUGAACAGACAGAUGAACUUGCCAUCACUGCAGAAAAUUAUGCAAGAAUUUGAGAGGCAGAAUGAGAAGAUGGAAUUGGUAACUGAAGUGAUGGGUGAUGCGAUUGAUGAUGCUUUGGAAGGAGAUGAGGAAGAGGAGGAAACCGAUGAACUAGUGAGCCAAGUUCUUGAUGAGAUUGGAAUAGACAUUAACCAAGAGCUCGUUAAUGCGCCAUCAGCUGCUGUUGCUGCUCCAUCUGCAAAGAACAAGGUUCCACAAGUGGAAGCAGCUGCAACUGAUGACACUGGGAUAGAUAGUGAGUUACAGGCAAGGCUAGACAAUUUAAGAAAGAUGUAGAAUCCAUGUAUAUGAUUGGCAUAGUGUGAAAGGUGAGAUUUAUUUUGGGCCUUGUAAUAUCUGUGAAUUUAUCGAAUCAGGACUCCAGACAGAGAUUAAUAAAAUUAUAUUUGAUAAAUUUGUACACAA